UACUGCGCGCCAACUGACAGCCUUGCCCAGGGCUCGACUUGAUCGCAAGGAAGGUGAGCUUCCUAGUGGAGUCGAUUUGUUCGUUCCCGCCAAAGCCGCGACUGGGGGCCUCCUUCCGCCGCCACUUCUGCGCCGCUGCUCUGGGCCGGGCGGAGGCGGAGCGAGCCGCUGGAAAGAGGAGCCGCGGAAGUUGUUCGACCUUGGAGUGCAAGUGUAUUAUCCGAGGUUGCAACAGCAACUUCUGUGUGCGCAAUAUGGCGCAAUUUCCCAUCAAAGAACUCAGAAAAAUGCUUUCCGUAACGUUAGGUGGCUCAGGAAAAUCCUCCCCCCCCCAAUCCAAAUGUUGGGCAAAACGACCUUUUGCUUUCUUACUGCUAUUUCUCGGUGCUCUCAAGUGCUUCGUCUCCGGCAUUCAGAGCGAGGCUGAGAUUCCUCUUCAUUCCUGUUUUUCACCCCCGCCUUCCGGCCCGGCCCACUUUGCAGUCCUCCUGGUGGAUCAAGCGCUCGCGUUUAUGCCGCUCGAGGCGGCGCACUGGGCCGAUCUUGGCAGGCUACUCAAAAUCCGGAAGGUCGGUGCCAAUUACCGUUUGGAUGGGAGACAACCAGAAAAUCACCCAGUGGAAGUCGAGAAAUCACCCAAGAAGGAGGCAAUGGCAAAACACUUCCUUUGUGUUACCUGAAAAUCAGAGUGGACAUACCCAUGGAAUUUACAGCUAAGUUCCACUUGAGGGAAUCAUCUUUUUAUCCAUCUUCAUGGUAAAACAUGAAACCUGCUUUAGCUGAUUACUGUAUUCUAGUCCUCUCAUUUAUCUGUGUAUUCAAAUCAGAGAAAUGUGUUGUCCAGGAAGAUAUUAGAAAGCAGAAGGUGUUUGAAGAAAACAAUCCUUUUAGGCUUGACUGCCCAUUGGACAGAAUUCCAAACUCUACCCUGAACUGGUACAUGAAUGGAAAUGGCACACCUUUAAUUACACAGCCUCUUUCAAGAGUAUUCCAAGAGAAAACCAGCCUCUGGUUUAUCCCUGCCAUAGCUCAAGAUUCAGGAUUGUAUCAAUGUAUUAUAAGGAAUUCAAAAAGAUGUUAUAAGUACAGCAUCCCAAUUGCAGUUCUCAAUAACAGUGCUAGUCUUUGUUUUAACAAAGAAUACUACCUUAAGCAAAAUUUGUUUCCAAAAGCACCAUCCAGGAUUGUGUGUCAUCAACUGAAUGAAUUUGGACAGGAAGUAGAUUAUUCGUCUAUCCAUUGGUAUAAGGAAUGUAAGCCAAUACAAGGAGAACGAUUUGAGUUCUUCAGAAACCAUCUUAUUAUGAAAGAUAUAAAAAAAGAUGAUGGGGGAAAAUAUGUAUGCAAAGGAACCUAUACUUUUAAGGGAAAUAAAUACAAUUUUUCAAAUAGUAUUUUGGUGACAUUAUUAGAAAAAAAAGAGAGGAAAAGACCUGAGAUUCUGUACCCUAUAAACAAUACUAUUGAAGCUGAUAUUGGAUCCAGUGUCUUUACAGAGUGUAAUGUAUCAAGUUUCAAAGACACUUUUAUUUCUAUAUCCUGGAGAGUCAAUAAUACACUAGUUGACGAUCUCUUUAAAGGUAGAAUUCAAGAAGGAAAUCAAACAAGUAUUCCAAAGGAAGGAACAGAGAUUUUUACGGUGUCUCUGAACAUUACAGAGUUGAAAAAUGAAGAUUAUGAUCAGCACUUUAUUUGCCAUGCAGGGGAAGUUGCAGCAUACAUCAAAAUACAGCGUCCAACCAAAAACCAUACAGCUUUUGUUUUGUUGAUAUUUCUACUGAUUAUACCUGUAUUAAUCUGCAUCUUGUUCAAGAUUGAAAUUGUCCUUUGGUAUCGGAAAUCAUGUCGCUCUUUUCUUCAUAAAAAAGUUUCAGAUGGAAAAAUCUAUGAUGCAUAUGUGUUAUAUCCAAAAAUCAGCAGCCAAGUUGACUUUGUACUGAAAGUACUUCCUGAUGUUCUGGAAAAACAGUAUGGAUACAGUCUCUUUAUACCCGGCAGGGAUGAUUUGCCAGGAAAAGCAUUAGUCAACGUUGUUGAUGAAGCCAUUGGGCAAAGCAGGAGGCUGAUAAUGAUUCUAGUACCUGGGUUGUCCAGCUCAGAAGAAGCUCCUGAGCAGAAUAUAGCAGUGUAUCACGCUCUUAUACCCGAUGGAAUGAAAACUAUCCUGAUCGAAAUGAAUAAGAUAAAGGAUUACAGCCACAUGCCAGAGUCCAUUAGAUACAUCAAGCAAAAGCAGGGAGCUAUCAGAUGGAAAGGGGACAUCACAAAGAAAGACUCUUCUUCUGCAAAUAGUUCCUUCUGGAAAAAGGUCAGAUAUCGAAUGCCACCAGAACAUCAAGUCUUCCAAGAACUAGCUUUGAUGCCAGUUCCUUGCAGUAUCUCCCAGAUGAUAGAAGCAUAGUCUUGAAUUUAUUUCAGAAUCCCUCUGGAAGGAUGUUUGCAUUGAGGCUGAUGCAACAUGUGCUGUGUGGAGGAGAUGGACUCCUAAAUUUACAUGUCAUGUUUGAACUGAUUUUCUUUCUUAUUCACCAGAUUAAGGUAAUUUAAUGGUACUCCAGCAAAACAAACUGUUCAGCAUUUUCAUUUGUGUUUUUAAAAAAUGUAAUGCGAAGAGGGAUUUUUUUGAUAAAGAAUUCUUGCUUACAACUUUGAUACAAAUACCCAGGAUUUACUGACCAAUUUUAUAUCACCCUGUUAGUUUUGGAUACUCAUUUUUAAAAUAUGCUUUUCAUUAUUUUUACUUUAUAGUAUAUUGUUUAUAUAUUCUAGAUUUUCAUAAGCAUUUUAUAGUUUUUUUUAUUUUUGAUGUAUCUUUUAAAUGACCGGACCCCACCCUCUUUAUGUUGGUCAGUGUCUCAAAUAUUUCAUUUUGACUUGCUCAGUUUUUUAAUACAUUUUUUGAGGUUUCUCAUUUUCAAGAGAGAAAAUUCACAUGUGCACACAAACACAUGUGGGAGGUUGCAUUUCCACUGACAUCAUGCUUUUCAACCUUUGCUCCCUUUAGUGAAGACUAAAUAAUGAGUUAGAUAAGCUGUUGAUAUAGUUCAGCCCUAUUUUUGCAGACUGUUUUUGCAGCUAUACCACAAAAUAGGUUUGGAGGCCUGAAAUGUUUUGAAUUCCCUGUCAUUAAUAUUCCCUUUCAUUAGCUGUAUAAAGCAUUAGAAAGAGGCCCUACACCUUCAAACCUUCUGAAAAGAACUACAUAAGCUGGAAACAGAGGCAUUUGCAAUUUGAAGAGAGAUGCUUCCUUACACUCCUGUGCGGCAUAAAGCACCUCUUUGGGCUGCCUUGCACAAUUGUAGUCACUGUCUGAUGCGCAAAAUGAUUGGGCUAUUUUGGGCAUAUCCUCAACAGCUGCAAAAUGCCAUUUUGUUUGAAACAGACCAUUUUUAUGAGUUCUUCUUAUAUAAGAUAUAAAUAGUUGACCAUAUCAAUAUCAACCCUGCGUUUUAAGCACUCAGUGUUCUUAUUUAAUAUACAUUUAAAUUUUUAACACAGCUGGAAGUUUUAACAGUAUAUUUGCAACAUGCUCUUUUUUUGUUUGUAAAUAUAUUGUAAUGUGUAUAUAUUGUUUUUAUGAUGUGAACUGUCUAGAAUUGAUUAAAACCAUAUGGUGCCUAAAUCAAUACUAUUUCUUCUUCUAGGCAGAAAUGUUUAUGUGUUUACUAUAGAGUGACAAAUGUGCUCACAUUAGGAAUAAGCUAUACUGCAACCUAAUCAAUUUGCUAUUAAUAUAUCCUCAAAAUAUAAUUUUUCCAAAUAAAAAUAGAGGUGAAUUUUUUAAAAAUUAUUUUAGUGAUAACUCAAAUUAGUGAUCUACACAUUGGUUAUAAAUUAAAACAUUAGAAUGUAAUAUCAUUUACAUUUGCCAAUAUAUUGAAGUAGAAGAAAUUAGACAGAAUUAAAUAAUGUGUAUAAUGAAGCAAUGAAUAGACAAUAAUUUUUGUUUAAGCCAAAGAUGGUUGUAAAAGAUGAAAAAGUCUUGAUACCAUGGUGAACAAAAUUACAACAAAGUAUUGCUUAA